AUGGCCGAAUUAGAGGAUAAAAAGCGUGAUAGAUCGACGCCUACCGAAGAAGUGGCUUCAAGCGGCCCAUCAGACACUUCAGAAGGCCAACAUAAAGACAAGAAAGCCAAGCUUGCACUUUCGGACUCUAAUGGCGCUGAAAGCUCGACUUCCAUCACUGAGAGUGAUGUGGGGAUUACAAAGCAUCUAUCUCCAGGCUUACCGGGAUUUUCUGGCCAGAUCAAACAGAGGUACACCGAUUUUAUGGUCAACGAGAUCGACAAGCAAGGCUCGGUGGUUCACUUGACUGAUAGGGGAUUCAAAAUGCCUAAGCCACCCAAGAAGACCAGAGACGAAGAAGCGGAAGAGGAAAAACUAGAAAUAGAGAAAAGGAGGUCUUUCAGAGUUGGAGACGAAGUCAGAGCGGAGCUAGUAGAAGUGUUGGGCGAAUCCGACGUAGCAAAAAUCGAAGACGUCUACAGAAAUGUUACCAAAAUGGAGACUGAGAGGAGCUUUGGUGACAAAGUGCAACGCACUAAGCUCCAUCAACUAUUGCGCUCCGCCUUCAACAAUCAAUUGGAAUCUGUUACCUCUCCAGACAAUACAUUUUUGAUAGCCCUCGCCAACCGGAAGUCUCGCGUAAGCAAAAAGGACCUAGUCGAACGUACUAAAGAUGCGAAUGGCGUCGAGAACUGGGGGUACGGGCCAUCUAAAAACUUUGUACAUUUCACAACAUACAAAGAAAACAAAGAUACCAUGGAUGUUGCCAACUUGUUGGCCAAGUACUUAAGACUACCGACGCGUCUAAUCAGAUACGCAGGAACAAAAGACCGUAGAGCUAUAACCUGCCAGCGCAUGUCGAUUUCAAAAAUCGGUGUUGAAAGGCUGAAUUCUCUUAACAAGGUUUUAAAAGGUGUUGUCCUAGGUGGUUUCAAAUUUGAAGACGAGAGCCUGAGUUUGGGAGACUUGAAAGGAAAUGAGUUCACGAUUGCGAUUAGGGACGUUAAACUCUCCUCAGAUUGUACUGUACCAUUAGAAAAGGUGCUAGAAGAGGGUUGCUCGUUUAUCAAGGAACACGGAUUCAUCAACUACUUUGGGAUGCAGCGUUUUGGUACCUUUAGUGUAUCGACUCACGAAAUUGGAAAAUGGAUUCUACUCGAAGAUUGGAAAAAGGUGGUGGAUUUGAUCCUUGCCGAGCAAGAAAAUGUUUUGCCGAUUUCAAAAGAAGCAAGGAGGAUAUGGUCAGAUCAUCAGGACGCAGAAGCUGCCCUAAAGAAAAUGCCACGCCAAUGUGUGGCAGAAAAUGCGAUUUUGAAUGCUCUAGCAGAACAAUCCAGGAUUAAUUCCCCGUCUUUCGAUUACUAUCAAGCGGUUAACAAGAUACCAAGAAAUUUGAGAACAAUGUACGGCCACGCGUAUCAGAGUUACGUCUGGAAUGCCAUUGCAAGUAAGCGUAUCGACCUAUUCGGAUUGAAAGUGGUGGCGGGGGAUUUGGUCUUGGAUGACAAAGGCAACACGAGCUCAGCAUGUGAAAAGGAAGUCGCAAACCCGGAUUUGGAUGAUGAUGAAGCUGAAUUUGCCGAAGAUUUGCGUCAAGCGGAUUUUGUCAGAGCCAGACCAGUAACCCAAGAGGAAGUGGACUCUGGAAAAUUCUGCAUGAAAGAUAUUGUUUUGCCUACACCCGGCUUCGAUAUCGUGUAUCCAUGUAACGAGACAUUGCGCCAAUUGUAUGUUGAGGUUAUGGCAAAGGACGGCCUGGAUCCUUUCAACAUGAAAAGAAAGAACAGAGAUUUUUCGCUGGCCGGCUCCUACAGAAAUGUUAUACACACUCCGGAGAACCUGGAAUUCAAAGUAUUACAUUAUUCAUCCCCUACCCAGCAAUUAGUCAACACUGACUUGGAGAUUUUGAACAACCAAAGAGGUAAGGAGAACGGUCAAAGAUUCAUGAAAGAGAAGCUCAACCGUUUUCCAGACGACAAAGGUGGAGAUAACACAGCUGUUAUUUUGACUUUCACGUUGGGUGUUUCCGCCUAUGCCACUAUGAUGUUGCGAGAAUUGAUGAAAGUGGAAACUUCACGCCGUGGCGAUAUGUGCGAUGUCAAAGCUUGA